CCUCUUCCAAUCACCCCCUCUCUCGGUUCUCUCGGUCUUCCGGCCCGUGAGAUGCAAUGGCAUCGAUUCAUCCGGCGCAAUCCUGGUCUGUCUGUCUGUCUGUCUGUCUGUCAGUGCUUGUACUGCGGGGGUGGGGUGGGAUGUUGGCAAUGCUCCAUCCAGUUCAUACUUAAGACGCACUGCACCACCCAGGGACCGAGGUCUCUCCUCAGGGUCUAGCAUUGCUCUCCCCCAACUUCAAACCCUUGAGACAUUAUCAAUUGACACACCGCAUCCAUCACCAUGAAGUUCACCGAGGGAAUGUGGCGCAUCCGGGAGGGGAUCCGGAUCGACUGGAUGAACAACGUCGAGCGACUGAGCAUCGAGAACGAGACGGUGGAUCUGCUCCUGAACAAGUUCCAGCGGCACCGUGGUGACACUUUAAACUCCGCUACGGUCUCAGCGCAGGUCACGUCGCCAUUGGAAGGGAUUAUCGGCGUGAAGCUUGUCCAUUGGGCCGGCGGCAUCGGCAAAGGCCCGCACUACGAGCUCACCACAUCCACCGGCCACGCCCAGAUCUCGCACGAGGAGCACCAAGCACUCCACUACCGCAGCGGCGGGCUCGACCUGGCCGUGACGACGGCGCCCAACGAACUCGACUUCGUCUUUUCGGCCUGCAGCAACAACAGCAACAAAAAGCUGACGGGCCACUCCUGGCGCUCCAUCGGGUACAUCGGCGACCAGACCACCGAGAAGUCCCGGUGGGACGACGGCAUCUUCUUCGAGCGCCAGGGGUACAUGCUGGCGGCGCUGGACCUGGGCGUGGGCGAGAAGCUGUACGGGCUGGGCGAGCGGUUCGGCCCGUUCGUGAAGAACGGGCAGACGGUCGACAUCUGGAACGAGGACGGCGGCACCUCCUCCGAGCUGGCGUACAAGAACAUCCCGUUCUACCUCAGCAGUGCCGGGUACGGGGUGUUCGUCAAUCAUCCGGGGAAGGUGAGUUUGGAGCUGCAGUCGGAGCGCACCACCCGCGUGAACAUCUCGGUGCCCGGCGAGGAGUUGGAGUACUUUGUGAUCUAUGGGGACUCGCCCAAGGCGAUCUUGGAGAGGUAUACGGCCUUGACGGGGAGGCCGAGCUUGGUGCCCGCUUGGAGUUAUAAUCUUUGGUUGACGACGAGCUUCACGACCAACUACGACGAACAGACCGUCACCGGCUUCCUGGAUGGGUUCCGGGACCGCGAGAUCCCGCUGGGUGUCUUCCACUUCGACUGCUUCUGGAUGAAGUCCUACCAGUGGUGCGACUUCGAGUUCGACUCGGCCAUGUUCCCGGACGCCGCGGGGUAUAUCAAGCGGCUGAAGGAGCGCGGGCUGCGAAUUAGUGUCUGGCUCAACCCGUACGUGGGACAGGCGUCGCCACUGUUCAAGGAGGGCAAAGAGAAAGGAUACUUCAUCAAGCGAACCGACGGCACAGUCUGGCAAUGGGACUACUGGCAAGCGGGCAUGGCGAUCGUGGACUUCACGAACCCUUCCGCGCGGACCUGGUUCCAGACGCACCUGCGCCGCCUCCUCGAGCUGGGGGUGGACAGCUUCAAGACGGACUUCGGCGAACGCAUCCCCUACCGCAACGUGACCUACUUCGACGGCAGCGUCGACCCCACCCGCAUGCACAACUACUACACCCUGGCCUUCAACGAGCUCUGCUACACGACCCUCCUCCACCACCACCCGGACAACGCCCACACCCCCAACAAGUCCGGCGCCGUCCUCUUCGCCCGCUCCACCGCCGCGGGCGGCCAGAAGUUCCCGAUCCACUGGGGCGGCGACUGCGAAAGCACCUACGAAGCGAUGGCCGAGUCGCUGCGCGGCUGCCUCUCCUUGAGUCUCAGUGGCUUCAUCUUCUGGGCCUCCGACAUCGGCGGCUUCGAGGGCACCCCGCCGCCGGACGUGUACAAGCGCUGGGUGCAGUUCGGCCUGCUCUCCACGCACUCCCGGCUGCACGGGAGCCACUCGUUCCGCGUGCCGUGGAUCUACGGCGAGGACUGCUCCGUCGUGCUGCGCGACUGCGUCAAGCGGAAGAUCGCCCUCACCCCGUAUCUGCUGCGGAGUGCGCUGGAGGGCGCGCGCCGCGGCACCCCCGUCAUGCGGCCCCUCCUGCUGGAGUUCCCGCACGAUCGGAACGCCUGGACCGUGGAUACGGUGUAUAUGCUUGGCGGGGAUCUGCUGGUCGCGCCGGUGUUUAGUAAGGAUGGGGUCGUGGAGUUUUAUGUUCCUGACACUAAAGGAGAGUGGGUGAGUUGGUUUGAUCACGGCAGAAAGUAUCUCGGCGGCAGGUGGUAUACUGAGACCCAUGGGUUCGAGACCCUGCCGUUGUUGAUUAGGCCCGGGGCGGUCGUGCCGGUGAACUUUCAGUUGACGAAGCCGGAGGAUGACCCGUUGAGUGGGUUGGAGGUGUUGGUUAAUGGCGAUCUCCAAGGGGUGGUCGAGGUGGAGGUUGUUGAUCCGGUGAGGGCGCAUGAGGUGCGGAAAGUUGUGAGGGUGGGGAAGGAGGAGGGUGGUGUGGUGAAGGCUGAUGUCGAGGGGGUGAAAGUUGCGGUUAUUCAGUAGGGGGGCCGUGUGUGUGGGUUUGACUCAAGUAGGUUUUGGUAGAUUGGCUGUGUUUGAAUCGUGGUUGUCGGGCUGUUUUAUGGUGCAGUGGUGGACAAGGGAUGUAGCAGUUUGAGAUGCUAUACACAACUGCGAGUGGGUGUUGCGAGGCCCUGAAAGGCGAAGUAAGAUAGAUAGGUACUCAUACAAUUGUUCAUUAGGUUGUA